UUUUUAAAACGGUGCCACACCAUAUUUAUUCCCCAUCAGAUAGACCUACGACAACAAUUAGCUUCAAAUAUGUAUAUAUGAUUCCUUUAUCCAAUAAAGGAAUGAUGCAGUUUUUCUCCUGACUGGAAACAAGCCUUCCAUUUAAACCAUGAUGGAAGAGGUGUACAAGGAAGGAGAGACUCUGAUAAGCCACAGGCGGGACUCAGAUGAAGGAGGCACAGAGUUCCAGCUGGAGCUGUCAGAGGGACGAAAUAGACAGUUCUCUUCCAGUUCCCGGCACACAGAAGGCAAGGGGGACAGCUGUGCCAACUGUUACGUCCUGUCAGCAUCUGUAAUGGCCUCUCUUGGUGGGGUACUGUUUGGAUAUGAUAUAGGUAUAAUAUCUGGCGCGGUACUUCAGUUACGUGAUGUGUUCUGCCUAUCAUGUCUGGACCAGGAGCUGGUUACCAGCGCCAUGUUGAUGGGAGCUGUCGUUGGCUCGCUGGUUGGGGGUUUUCUGAUAGACCACUGUGGUCGACGAGCGACCAUCAUUGCCAAUUCUGGUGUGUUCCUCGUGGGAGCAGUCAUUCUGGGGCUGGCCCCUAACUUCCCCAUACUGGUGAUAGGUCGCCUUCUUGUGGGGUUUGCUGUGUCCAUAUCUGCCACAGGGGAAUGCAUCUACAUAUCAGAGAUAGCUCCCCAUAGAUGGCGCGGGCUUCUUGUGUCGCUGAACGAGCUGGGAAUCACCCUGGGUCUGCUGCUGGCAUACCUCUGUAACUUUAUGUUCAUCACCACAAACAAUGGAUGGCGGUGGAUGUUUUCUUUGUCUGCAUUGCCUGCAGUGGUGCAGGGGGUGGGGAUGUUUUUUCUGCCCCGCUCCCCGAGGUACCUCAUGUUGAAAAAGAAAGAAGAAGAGGCGGAGAAAGUUCUCGGGAAACUCCGGGGAGGGGCUCCCGUUAAGAACGAGCUUAGUGCAAUACGCGUCUCGAUCGCAUCAGAGAAGAACCAGACAUGUAUGGACCUAUGUAGUGGCCAGGAUGGGAUGAGGGGUCGUAUGUUCAUUGGGAUAGGCCUCGUCUUCUUCCAGCAGUUCACAGGUCAGCCCAAUGUCCUGUACUACGCCCCAACCAUAUUUGAAGACAUAGGUUUCAAGUCAGCAGCUGCAGCCACUCUGGCCACCGUUGGUUUGGGCAUUGUAAAGGUGAUAAUGACUGUGAUAUCGCUGGUGUGUGUGGACAGGUUUGGGAGACGUCGCCUACUCUACACAGGGGCCCUCAUGAUGGGGGUUAGCAUCACCACCCUGGGUGUGGUCUGCCAGUUCCAGCAGGGAGGCCAACCUAACAAGGCCUGUCUUGACCAUUCAGAUUGCCAUAGCAACGUCCUUCACAACCAUUCCUUUCUUGUAUCCAGCAUACCGCCAACUAAUUCCAAGGACCAGAUUGUUUCGAGUGCAGUUUUUAAUAUAAGUGCCUUGACUACAGCCAGUACUUUACAUAGAGCUAAAAAGUCUGGUGAUAGAUUACCCUCAAAAGUGGGUAAUUCCCAUAUAAGUGCUUACAGUGUAGCUGACAAUACAGAGACAGGGGCAGAUAAUGAGGAUAGCUCCGAUACUGGAAGUGAUAAAAAGUCUGAGGGAUCAUUAACUCAGAGGGUUUUAGGGUUCACCGCGUUAAUGUGCUAUGUGGCAGCAUAUGCCUUUAGCUUUGGCCCAGUGACGUGGCUGGUGCUGAGUGAGAUCUACCCCGCGGCAGUGAAGGGCCGAGCUAUCGCCAUGGCAACAGUGUUCAACUGGGGAACCAACCUCAUAGUGACCUUCACCUUUCUGGAUGUCAUGAAUGGUGUAGGAGUGACGGGAACAUUUGUCAUCUUUGGUGUGAUCUGCUGUAUGUCAGCAGUGUUCAUCUACAUGUUCGUGCCGGAGACGAAAAACCGAACCCUGGAGCAGGUCUCCUCUGAUAUGAAUGCAAAUUUGGAAUUGUACAAGCUUUGCUACACUCACACCAGUAAAUAGCCAAAUUCUUCUACUAACAAUACUUUUUCUGGUAAUAUUCGCUAGAAUAUCACUGCUUUGGAUAAGGGUUUAGGCUACGUUUGGAUGGCAGUUCAUGUAUUGGACAGCCUUGCUUGCUUGCAAGUAUUAUCUGGUGGUUGUUUUUGCUUUACCUAAAUAUUAAUUCGUAUUAGCCAGACACUGCGUGGCUGCUGUCAAUGCUGUUAAGUAAAGCAGGAAUAAAUACCAGGGGUCAGUUGUACAAAACUGGAUAAGUCAUCCAUACCUGUAGUUUAUUUUUUGGUUAGUUUACACAUGAAAGCAAUUUGAUUGGAAAGCAGUCAUUAUCGAAUAAAUUAUGACCAAUCAAUAAACUUUUCGACUAAUUUUAUCUAAAAAAAUAAUAAACUGGUUGUGUACAGCCAGCAGCUGCAGCUUCCUAAGCAUUGAGCCCAAUAUGCACUAAACCUGUAAUAAAUUCAAUAAGUGAAAACAACAUUAGUUUUGUUGUCUAUAUAAUCAGAAGCCUUCUUAAUUAAGUAAGUAAAUGAGAAUUAAAUUUUGUCCUGCAAUCCUGAAAGAUUUUAAAAGACUGUGUGGAUCAUUUUAAGUAAACAUGUUUGUGGAUUAAAGAAUCAUUUGGAAAUCAAUAUUCUUUAAUCUUAGCUUUGCCUGUUUGUAAGACCAUGAGGUUUAACUGUUAGAUGAUUAGAUUAAUACUGUUUAUGCUGAUAAGGUAAAAGGUAUGUUCUGGUGUAUACCGAGGUCUAGUAUAUAUACAGAUAGUUGAUUUAACUGCAAAUCUGUUUUUGGUUUGGGUAGGGUAUACACUGUUAACACAGUAGAUAAGUUGUAUGCCAUCAUACAUGCAUUUGUCAUUUUGGUUCAAGGUCAUCCAGACUUCAUUGGUAAUGUUUCUUGUUUAGUUGUAAAUUCAAUGAGAUUGGACAUGUUUUCUCAUUUAUAUACAUUGUCUAUGUUACAGCCCUUCUAUUGGACGUUUCUAGAAUUAUUAAACUAUAACAUUGUUGUGUCAGGUUUUAUGCUCACAUGGUUUUACAUUGGAGUUGAACAGGUUUUUAGUAUUUAUGCUGGUAAGCAUACAAUUCGAACAUUGACUCUUGUGAAUCGCUAAUUUAACAGUUAUGCAUGUUCUUGUUAACAGAAUACUGUAUUCAUUAAGCUAUUAUUUAUUAUAUAAGUAAGAUAAAAGAAAUUAUCAUUUAAUUUUGGAUUGGACAGAAUAACAAAAAAUGUCCUUAAAAUGUGGUUAAUAAGAUAAUUAGACUAGAGCCAAAUCUCAGGGAUUUAGAUUUAAUUGGUAUUGUUUUAGUUGUCUUGUUCCAAGAAUGUAUCUUACUUGUUCUUUUUUAGAAUUUUUAAGCGAACAUUCUUGUAAAGUCAAUUAAAUUUAGUUAUUAUGUUUUCAAUCCUUUAUCAUAUGAAAAAUGAACAUUAAAUAUUCUCAAGUAUAUGAGUAAAUUUAUUCCUGUUGUAAUAAGGCUGUGUUGUGUUUGUGUGUUUUCAGCCCACCAAUGAAGCGCAUGAGACACAACUUGGGCAGGCUCAUGUGUUGUGUUUCCCGGCAACAUUCCGUCCGAAUGCUUGGCAACUACAGCCGCGUUGAAUCAGAGACAGUAGCAUGAAAAGCUCCGAUACACAAGGGGAUUAUAUUACAUGUACAAUGCCUUCCAAACUGUUAUGGGUACUUUACACCUGUAGAGUUUUUAGUAGUCUUUUGACUUUGAACAACAUACCUGUACUUUCAGUUUAUUUCAUUCCAUUUUACAUUUUGCUUAGACUCCUACACAAAGCUUUACCAUGUGUGUGGGAGUACAUUUUUCUCUGUCCAAAUACAGUUAAUUCCCAAUGAUUUAACUCAUUUGCUUUCAAAUUUAGUAUGAAAUAUUAGCUAGCAUUCCUCCCAAUCAAAAUGAUUGGGUCUAAUUUUUUGGUCGUUGCAAAAUAUUUUGAAUGUUGCAAAAUAUUAUGAAUAGAAUAGAAUAAUUUAUUUGGAUUUAAACAUACAAUCCAAAUAAAUUAUUCUAUUCUAUUAUUCUAUUCGUUGCAAAAUAUUUUGGAAGGAGACUGUGUUUGUGUGUAUGAAUAAAACUGAUAAUGACAUACACACAGUUACAUUAAACUCUUGGCCAAGUCAUAAAUCAUCAUACACACACGGUUACAUUAAACUCUAGGCCAAGUCAUAAUUCAUCAUACACACACAGUUACAUUAAACUCUAGGCCAAGUCAUAAUUCAGCAUACACACACAGUUACAUUAAACUCUAGGCCAAGUCAUAGUUCAUUAUAAAUUAUUCUAUUCUAUUAUUCUAUUCGUUGCAAAAUAUUUUGGAAGGAGACUGUGUUUGUGUGUAUGAAUAAAACUGAUAAUGACAUACACACAGUUACAUUAAACUCUUGGCCAAGUCAUAAAUCAUCAUACACACACGGUUACAUUAAACUCUAGGCCAAGUCAUAAUUCAUCAUACACACACAGUUACAUUAAACUCUAGGCCAAGUCAUAAUUCAGCAUACACACACAGUUACAUUAAACUCUAGGCCAAGUCAUAGUUCAUUAUACACACAGUUACAUUAAACUCUAGGCCAAGUCAUAAUUCAUUAUACACACACAGUUACAUUAAACUCUAGGCCAAGUCAUAAAUCAUCAUUGUCAUGGAGACACAAAACAAAAUAUAUUUGUUGAUUUCUGUUAUAUGGAAAUGAAUGUCUGAAUAGUAAUUUAAAUUUCCAUGACCUAAUGUUCCCAUACACAGCUUAAUGCUUGUUACUUGUAAGUUUUUGUUAAUUGUCUUUGUUGUACCGGUUAUUUACAUUACCUAUUACCAUAUCUGUUGUUUAGUAAUUUAAUGCUAAUAUAUUGACUUGUAUUGUAUGCAUAAUGGUCUUCAUAACUUAGAUUAUGUUACCCUGCACUUUGAACAAGUUUACCCUGCACUUUGAACAAGUUUACCAGUUAAAUUAUACAGUAAUUUUAUAUCAAUAUAUAGCAAUGGGUGAUAUUGUAAUAAAUUGCUUAAAUUCA